UUGUGUUGCUGCUGCUGUGUGUCAGUUUUCAGCAGGCGCUUAUCAUGUCUCUCCCCGCCGGCCGCCCCCGUUGUGUGCCUUCCCCCCUGCCGAGUGGGGAGAGGAGGGUCUAGUCUAGCCCUAGCCAUUCAAUACCUCUCUCUGUCCCCCUGUAGACGUGACCACCAAAAGAAACCCCACAUUCCCAGCAACAGCCCACCCCGCAACAUGGCUCAUGCAGCCCAGCUCAGUAUCCUGGAGCAGAACUGCCCCAUCCAGGUGGAACACGACCGCAAGAGGAGACAAUUCACAGUGCGGCUGAAUGGUUGCCACGACAGGGCAGUGCUGCUUUACGAGUACGUGGGGAAGAGGAUAGUGGACUUGCAGCACACGGAGGUACCAGACGCCUACCGAGGAAGAGGAAUAGCCAAGCACCUGGCUAAGGCAGCCCUGGACUUUGUGGUCGAAGAGGACCUGCGAGCUCACCUGACGUGCUGGUACAUUCAGAAAUACGUCAAAGAGAACCCCCUGCCGCAGUACCUGGAACACUUGCAGCCUUAACGCAGGAGGCUGAGGAGCCCAGACUGCUCUGACAGCCGCCCGUCCUGUCUGACUGUCCGAUGCGGCCUUCGCUUCUGCGCGGUCUCAGGAAGCCCCACGUGCUCUCAGAAUCCUUAUUUUUUCAAGGCGGAUGUGGGGGCUGGGAGCUUCCCAAAGAGCACCUGGGUCCUGGAUAGGUGCGGCAGCUGCGCCCUUCCGCCGUUGGGCUGGCUCACCGUUCUCUCGACAGCAGCCUCCCCUGUCCGCGUGCCAUGGAGUGGAAGGCGAUGGCUUCUGUCAGCCUCCUCCAGGAAGGUCCUCGCCCCUGCGGUCGCCGAAAGCAAGAAGCUGAUGGGCAGAUAGCCAUUGGGAUCCACCUCUCCUCUGGGGAACGGGUGGGGCUGUGGCAGGCCAGCCCAGCCUGAGCUGAAGGGGGAUUGUGGGGAAGGGCAGAGUCCUCACCCCCGUGCGUCAUGGCGGGGAGGGAAGAGAGGGAUAACACAGCCAACAAGCCCAGUCAGGGUCGCACGUUGUGUGCGCUGGAGCUGGGAAGGAGCGAGUUCCAGUCGGUGAGCCCCCUUCGGGCAAAACGAGGAGCCUGAGCGUCAUAGGGGGUCUCCCUCUGCAUGCUCCAGAGACAUUGGGGCCUUAAUGCCACCUAUAUGCUACGGUCGGUCGUCAGUCUGCGUUGGGGGUAGGCAGCAGUGCGGAGCGGUGCUACAGAUACUUGCUCAGACCAGACCUCCUUUCAGUAGUCCAGGGGCUGGAGGUGUGGGCAAGAGAAGGCAGGUUAUAAACUCUGCGGCCAUCCGGGGUAGAGCAUUUUGAGUCAGUCUCUCAUUCUGCUGGAUCCUUCGCUCUGCCCUAAAGGGGCCAUGUUUCCCUGCUGGGGGAGGCAGUAACCAACACCUGGGAGAACAGCAGAAGUGGCUUCGUUCAGCCCUCGGAACACUCCCCCGCCCCAUCACCAAUGGUUUCACCUCUCUGCCUCUUUCAGAUAACAGGUGGAGGUGUUCAAGCCAAGCUGAGGGGAGGGAAAAGGGAAUGCGGCCAGUCCCCGUGGAGAAGCAGGGGUGAGGCUGUUACAGUCAAUGCCAAAUGCUGCCUUCCUAGCCCAAGUUCUGCUCUUGCACAGGCUUACAGAACCCCCUGCGCUUGGAGAGGCUGUGGUGAGGUGUGGGAUAUCCCGGCAGGGUCAGGGAUACAGGUGCUGAGCGUGAGAGCUGAGAUGCUGCUGCUACCGCUAGUCAGCAAGUAGAUACGCCUGGGGCUUGCAUAGGGAUCACUGGCCGGCCACUUCCCCCUGCCCAGCACUCUCUGCUAGCCCCUACUGCUGGGGGGGGGGGGUGACACUUUUGUCCUCCCCUUUUAGAGUGGCAGCAGGCUGACAUACCAGGCAGGGAGCACAGGUUCUAUGCAGCUCCCUCCCCAUUUCUCACACUGAUCAUUUGGGCAGGGGCGGGGGGGAGGGGAGAGGGAGGGAGAUUUACCCUUCAGGAACCACUGUGAUCUGAGUCACCCUGGAGCAAGGUCAGGGAAGUCAGUGGCAUUGCAUGGGCACCAACACCCCAGUUAGCUCAUCCUGGGGAUCUAGAAGAAGGGCUGCAGUGAACUAGUGGGGUCGUGGUGGGGAGCUGCCAGGAGCCCCUGUUGUUUAUAUUAGGCUGAGCCUUGGCAACACCUGUUGACUCUAAGAAAACUUGUAGCACCACUUUGGAGUGGACUGUACGAUCUUUGGUCUAGACCCUGAAGGCCUUAGUCUGCAACUCCUAGGGACCCAGGAUCUGGCCCUAUGCGAUCUGAUUGCUUAUGUUGGACACUAUAUACGUCUUCCAGCAUUCAUUCGACUUGCUGUUUUCUUCAGUUACUGUAUUUUUAAAUUAACCCUUCUGGUGCUGGCUUGUGGAGUAGCGACACUCCAGGCACUAGAGUUUCUCUGCAGUGCUGCUAUUCCCUGCCUCGCAAGUCGUGAAGUGCCAUACCUUGGCAGCCAGGGAGAUCUGUUUUGUCCCAUGCAGAGGUAGGUAAGGCGGUGGAGGAACAGAUCAAGAGUUCCUGCUAACCAGCCCCUCACUUCUGCUCCCACCUGGUUCCCUUUGCCAUGCGGUUCUGGGGGAAGGACUAGCCCAGUUCACAUCUUGAACCAUGGCUGUGCAUCCUGAUGCUGCCUCGAUGAUUGGUGAUGGUGCAUCUCUGUGCUGUGGCUCAGCUUGUGAUGUCCCCAUCCAUCAACAAGAUGUCGUCUCAUUAUCACACAGCAUCACGACACUGAGAGGCCCCAAAUCCAGCCAGGGCUUGUUAACUGUCUUGCAGGACAGUCCUUUCAGGACACUAGAUAGACUCCAGAGAAUGGCCCUGUCAAGGCUCUUCCCCACGCCCCAUAUUCCUUGUAGGCAUAGUAGUUCUGCCUGGAUUAAUUCAUCUUGUUUCCCCCAGCUCCUCACUUAAAACUCACCCAAAGAGAGCAGCAAGCAGGUACAUCUUUUCCAUUCAGAUUUCAGCACUGUAUCCCAUUGGUUCUCCUGGCUCCCUGCCACCACCCCCAGCUCCCUGAGUUUAACCUGUCAGUCACUGAAUGCUGGCCAGCACUCCUCCUAUCCAUCACAGGCCCUGUAAUGGCAGGAGAGGUGUCGCUGUUAUCUGUGUGACAGAGCGUCUCAGGCAAUCGGUAGUGUGAUAUGGAGCCUUUCACCGUUAGGCCAUAUUCAAAUCCAGCCCAUGUUGGUAGUGUCUGCAAGUCACCGCCAGAGCAGCGUUCGGGGGUCUAAGUGAAAUGAGGUGCACGGAGAAAGGGUUCGGGUUAUGUUCCUAGCGCCUACGCUAAAGCCCCCUGGAGUCAACGGGCAGACUCUUGUUGACUUCACUAGACUUCAGCUCAGCUGUAAGGACCAGAUGUCCUCACUGCUGGCGGCUCAGCUGGUCUCUUUGGGGGCAGCCUCAGUAGAGCAGCCAGUGACUGCAUCAGCAUGAAGAGUGAAGUAUCCCCCUUAGUCUCCAGGCCAAGGUUGAGGCGCACUUGCGGGUGGAGGGGUAAAGUGCAGUUAGUCUCUCUUGCCAUAAAUGAGGACUUCAGACACCAGGGCUGUAGACUAACCAUCUGUCGCCAUUUGCUCCUUCACCUCAUUAAAAAUGACAGGCUGAAAUCUGACUGGCGUGGUGCAGGGGAUAGCACGCCGAAAUAAUCCUGCCUUGCCACUGUCUCAGCUUCUACCCCUCUUCCCACCCACAACAUUGUCUGCUGGAAAACCUCCUUGCCUCUCUCGUAUCGCCAGCUUCCGAAAUGAAGGGACCUUUGCCCUGUCUGACAAGGCUGAUGGAAGUGCCAGAAAUGCCCCUGAUUCAUGCUGUCCGUGGUGGCAUGGUGGUGGAGAAUCUGCCCUGAGCUUCUCCAUGCUUGGGAUGCACCGGAGCCUGACUGCUGCUUCUAGAGAGUCAUGGGGCGUACUGAAAAGCAGCAUGGGUACCAAGUUCAAGGCCAGGUGUUCAAGAGGCGCCCCAGGUGCUACAGAAGUGCACUGUGUUUGACACGAUGCAGCAAAGGCCUCGUUAAGGCAGAUCUGACUGCACCGUAACGGAAGCAUGGUAGAAUUGCCCCCUCCCACUCGUGAUCCCAAUGUCAAGGUGAAUCCCCAUCUCCUCCUCCUGUUGCCCGAGAUGAGAAGACACUAUAGUCACAGGGUUCCAGCAGAGUUUGCGUGAGAAUUGCCCGCAUAGCUACCAUGUUGGAAUAAAGGGCUGUGUUCCCCCCACCCCCAUCCCUGAGAACAUCAUCCCACUUUUGGUAUUAACAUCUCUGGGGUGUCUCCUGCUGGACAGCCUGUGGAAGGAUGAUGGCGUCAUCAUUUUACACGGCGACAGUGGACUCCGUUGAGCUAUUUGCGUGGGAACCUUGGGCCUCCUAGAGCAGAUGGAGACUAGCCACUCCUGCCUUAAAACAAGCGCAGUACAGGGCCUUCCUGCUGCUUCGCUCUGAGGUGCUGUCGUCAUUUCCGUUUCUGGUCCCAUGGAGACUUUGAUAGUGUUUGUGCUCACAGUUCGGCUGCUGUAUCCAUCCACCGCCUUUCACGUCCGGUAUUAUUUGACGUUUGGGAAUAGCAAUAGCUACUAGCCAAGGCAAGUCAUGGGUGCUGUGGCAUUCCUCCGAGCUACAAGGGUUCGUUAUUGGCAGCUCAGUGUGACCUACAAGACCCUGGUGAGGGCAGGCUGUCCCUACACUUCUUCCAUCACCCGUCCUUUCCUAGCUCACACCUCUGGGAAGGAGCACCCCCCACACAACGCCUUGUGAUGCUGGAUGGUGCUGAUUGAAGUUGGGAGCGCUCAGACUCCUACUAGAUGCUUUUGGAGCUGGAAUGGGAAAGUGAUUUCAGGAGCGUGUCGAGAUCACAAGGCUCGUGAACUGAAAACCUAAGGAGAAUAUAGGUCAUUGUCAAACUGACUUCCGUGUCAACCAACUUGAAGCUCCCUCUCUCUCUCGUAUGGCCUCCCGUGGUGUAUUUCCCUCUGUGUAGGGGUUUUUUUUUCCUGUUGAAUUAAGUGGUAACUAUGUGCCUUUCCUACUCAGGACUUGAUACAAAUGACCUUUCUGUUUUCAUUUGUGUCUAACAUCCUCCCUAUCUGUCAUACUAGUAAACAUGAACAUAUUGCAUGGAAUACAAUACAAUAAAUGGUGUGGCUUAACCAAUCUGCA